GGUCGGAGGCGCGCAGAUGGCUUCAUCAAAGGGAAAGGUUCUCCUGGCUUACUCUGGCGGUCUCGACACGUCGACGAUCCUGGCAUGGCUCAUCGACGAGGGCUACGACGUCGUCGCCUUCAUGGCCGAUGUCGGUCAGGAGGAGGACUUUGAAGUCGCUCGUAGCAAGGCGCUCAAGUGCGGUGCCAAGGACUUCAUUCUCGAGGACCAGAAGAGGGAGUUCAUCACUGAGCUCAUCUACCCCGCUGUUCAAGCCAAUGCCAUCUACGAGGACGUCUACCUGUUGGGCACCUCCCUCGCCCGCCCCGUCAUCGCUCGCGGUAUGAUCGACGCCGCCGCCAAGCAUGGCUGCCAAUACGUAGCGCAUGGCUGCACGGGCAAGGGCAACGACCAAGUGCGCUUCGAGCUCGCCUUUUACGGCCUCAAGCCCGACAUCAAGGUCAUCGCUCCCUGGCGCGACCCUGCCUUCUACAACCGCUUCGCCGGCCGAUCCGCCCUCCUCGAAUAUGCAGAGUCCAAGGGCAUCCCUGUCACGCAGACCAAGAGCAAGCCCUGGUCUACUGACGAGAAUCUCUUCCACAUCUCCUACGAGGCUGGCAUCCUCGAGGAUCCCAACACUACCCCUCCCGCUGACAUGUGGAAGCUGACCAACUCGCCCGAGACGGCACCGGACCAGGGGGAGAAGGUUCAGAUCACCUUUACCAAGGGCGUACCUACCUCUGUAAAGGUUGCCUCGACGGGCAAAGAGCACACCGACGCUGUCGACAUCUUCUUCACCCUCAACAAUCUCGCCCGCCUUCAUGGCAUCGGGCGAUGCGAUAUCGUCGAGAACCGUUUCAUCGGCGUCAAGUCUCGUGGAUGCUACGAGACCCCCGCGGGCACCAUUCUUCGUGCGGCGCACAUUGACCUCGAGGGCCUCACGCUGGACCGUGAAGUUCGUCGCGUGCGCGAUCAGAUUGUCACGACCAAGUUCAGCGAGCAGCUCUACUACGGCAUGUUCUUCACCCCCGAAUGCAAGUACGUCCGAUCCUGCAUCCCCGGCUCGCAGGCUACCGUCAAUGGUACCGUCUCGCUCAAGCUUUACAAGGGGAACACCAUCGUUGAGGGCCGUGUCUCGCAGGAGCAGCUCUACGACGAGAAGUUCUCGAGCAUGGACGAGCUGGGUGGAUUCAAGCCCGAGGAGACGACCGGCUUCAUUGAGGUCAAUGCCAUUCGUAUCAAGCGAUACGGUGUUGGGCAGGCGGAGAAGGGCAAGGGCGGGAGCAGUCUCAAGGCUGCCUACGCAUUGGAGUAGACGUCGAUGUGCACUUGUGAAUGGUA